UGUGACCCUGUUAUGCUUCAAAGAAUCCUCUUUCUCACUUCUUCAUCACCACUUACUACACAAACUUUCUCUCUCUCUCUCUCUAAUACUUAUUAAGUCAUUUUCAUUCUGAUUUCUUAUCUCUUCACUUAUUUGACAACCCUUUUUCCAAUAACAUCUUUCUUGUUUUCAAAUUCAAACAAAUUAAGCCAUAAACUUACCAAUUAUGGGUAAAGAAUGGUAUUGGGUUGGAAAAUCAUCCAAAAAAAGUGUUAUAGUUGAACAAGGUGCUAAAACAACAACACCUAGUGGUUGCAUGUGUGCUGUUUUUCAGUUAUUUGAUUUUCAUACAUUUCAAUUUCCAACAACCUUAAACAACCAACAACAAGAAAAUUCUUUCAAAUCACUUUCUUGCAUCUCACAAGACCAAAUUAAUAAAGGUAUUGAAGCUCCUAGGAAUAGCUUGGAAUCUGAAGAUGGCACAUUUUCUUCUCUUUCAAAAGAAGAUAAUUUUAAAAUGCCAAAGAAUAUACAAAUCAAAACAAAAAGGAGCAAUGUUGGAAAUUUGAAUGAUUUUUCCUCAGAAAUGAAUUCACCAGGAACAAAGACACCAACUUUGGUAGCAAGAUUAAUGGGUUUAGAACUUCUUCCAAAUGAAAACUCACCAACUUUUUCUUCAUGUCUUUCAACUCCAAAUUCACAAGGUAAAAAUAUUACUCAAAAUUUUCACCGAGUUAGAACAAAACAACACAUUCAAACCAAACAUAGAAAUAGCAUUGAUAGUAGUGAAAUUUCAUCUACUAGAAAAUCAGAUGUUGAUUACUAUCAUCAUAGAUUAUCUCUUCAAAUCAACAAAGAGAAUCUUUGUGAGGAUUUAGAGUUACCAAGAUUCUCAUUUUCAAAAAAGAAAAUCCAUGAUGAGAAUAAUAGUAGCAAUAAAAGUUCUAGUCACUAUGCUAGACAAAUUGUUAAACAAAUUAAGGAAAGUGUUACUAGAAAAGUUGGUCAAGACAUCACAAACAACAAUCUCAAAAACAAAGAAUUUGUAGAACAAUCAAGAAUAAAAAAAUCUUCAAAAACAUCAUUGAAACCACUUGAUGAAUUUUCAAGUGAAGGGAAGCAUUCAAAUUCAUCAUUUUCACCAAGGAUAAGAUUCAUUGACAACAAACACAAACCAAACACAACAACAACAACAUCAAAAGAACUAAACACACCCCCCAAUUUUGUGAAAGCACCCCCACCACAACCAAAGCUUCCAAGAGUCUUAACAAAACCAAAGGGACAAGAAUCAAGGGACAAGAAAUCAGUGUCAACAAAAUGUAAGAAAAGUACUAAUGAAAAAUUCAGCUCAAGAUUUAGCUCAAGAUUUCAUAGUCCAAAAUCAAGUUCUAGAGCAAAUGACAUCAAAAGUAACACCAAAAGCAAAAAAAGUACUCAACCAUUGUCAAGUAAUCUCCUCAACAACAUCAAUGCUGUUGUCAAAACAGAUCCUUUUGUUCAGAAACAGGUAUCUGAUCCUCAAAACUCCAAAUUCUACUCACACUUAUCUAAUUGUUCAAGCAAGAGGUACAAAAAUGAAGUAACAACCACACUCCUCAUCCAAGAAACAAUCACCAACUUUACAAAAGACAAAUUUAACGGUUCAUCUAUCAUUGAAACUCACAAACCAGAAUUUCAGUACAUCACAGAAAUCUUAAACAAACAAGGUACAACAAAAACAGUGUCUUUUAACAAGUGGUUCUCUCCAACACACCCACUUGACCCAUCAAUCUUCCAUCACCUAGAACACAAUCCCAAAGAUAAAGUUCGAAACUUUAUCACAAAAAACCAACUGGGUCACCGUUGGAAUCGAAAAUUGUUGUUUGAUUUAGUGGAUGAAGUUCUAAUUGAGAUUUUGAAGCAAAAUGGUAAUAAAAAAAAGUUGAGUUUUUUACAUAGUUUUUGUAAUGAGUGGACAAUUAUGGAGUUAACAGAAAGAGUGUGGAAAAGAAUUGGUGAGUUUCCAUGUGCUAAGUGUGAAGUUUUGGAUGACAUUGAUAAUUUGAUUGAAGCAGAAGACAUGGAGAAAUUGAUUAAAGUUGAAGGUGAAGAAGAAGGAGAAGGGUUGGUGGAAGAAAUUGAAGGGAACAUAUUAGACAUGUUGAUGCAUGAAACAAUUAUGGUUAUUGGUAGGAAUUAAUUAUCAUUUUGAUUUAUGAAAUCUCUUGUAUACAAUUUAGUUUUGAUGAAAUUAAAAUCAUUUUAUUAUAAAUUA